UAUGCAUUUUGUAGUAAGCUAAAAAAAAAAAUACUGAAAAGCAAAGAGAUAGAGAGAUGAUGAAGAGAGGUGAACUUGGUGAAGAAGAAGAAGAAGCUUCGUGUCUCUCACGUUCUCCUCUGCAAAACUCAUGGAAUCAUCAUCACAGUCUCUGCCCUGGAGGCUCUUCUUCCAGUUCUAGUAGGUUCUCUCUCCGAUCGCCGUCUGAUUACUCUCUCUCCAGCUACUUCUCAAACGGACAGUGUAAUGGUUCGUCGUCUCCAUUCACUUCUCAUCCGUUUGAUGAGAUUACGACAAGGACAACAAAGUAUGAUCAUGACCUGAGUCUCUGCGAGAGUCUUCUCCAUCGUUUGAACAUCAGAGAAGAAUACAAAUCUGUUCAUCAUCAAGGAACCUUCAACCACCACUCUGUUCAGUCAUACUCUCAUCAGAAAAGCUGUGCUGGAAGCUUGUCUGAUCAUCAUCAAGGAAGUAGAAGAAACAAGAAUCAUCCAAGCAUUCUUGAUUCACAAGGAUACAUUUACCUGAUGGCCAAAGAUCAGCAUGGAUGCAGAUCCUUGCAGAAGAUCCUUGAAGACGGAGCGUCUCUAGACACUAUGGCCAUUUUCAACGAGGUGUUUCCACAUGUUGUUGAGCUUAUGAUACAUCCUUUUGGGAAUUACUUGAUGCAGAAGCUAUUAGAUGUUUGCAACGAAGAACAGAGAACAAUGAUCAUACUCCUUGUGACUUCAGAACCAGGACUGCUUGUCCGGAUAGCACUCAACGCUCACGGUACUCGAGUUGUUCAGAGAUUAGUGGAAUCAAUCAAAACCAAGAAUCAGAUUUAUCUACUGACAUCAGCUUUGAGACCUGGAUUUCUCAACCUAGCUAAGGAUGUGAAUGGGAAUCAUGUGGUUCAGCGUUGCUUGCAGUGCCUUACUACACAAGAUAACGAGUUCAUCUUUGAAGAUGCUGCAAGGUUCUGCAUCGAUAUCGCCACGCAUCAACAUGGAUGCUGCGUUCUACAAAAAUGCGUAGCUUGUUCCACUGGACAACAACGAGAGAAGCUCAUAAUCGAAAUCUCUAGAAACAGUCUCUUCCUUGCUCAACACCCUUAUGGGAACUACGCAGUGCAAUUCAUUAUAGAAAUGAGGGAUUUUAAAGCGACUGCAAUGGUGCUUGCACGGUUAAAAGGGCAUUAUGUAGAGCUCUCGAUGCAGAAAUUUAGUAGCCAUUUGGUGGAAAAAUGCUUAACUCAUUGUCCAGAGAGCCGUCCUCAGAUAGUGCUUGAACUCAUCUCUGUCCCUCGUUUCGAUCUUCUGAUUCAAGACCCUUUUGCAAAUUUUGUUAUCCAAGCUGCUCUUUCUGUCACCAAGGGUUCACUUCAUGCCAUUCUCGUGGAACUCAUAAGGCCUCACUCGGAUCUACGUAAGAAUCCUUACUGCAAAAGGAUUUUCUCAAGAAAUAUGUCUUGAGGAAUUGAAGAUCGAAAAGGCUUCUAAUCUUUUAUAGGUGGUGGAUGAGUUUGUAACUUCGAAGUCUGUUGUAUUUUUCUUGUUCUUGGUCAAGUUUGUUCUAUGAAUAAACUUAAACAUACUUGAUCUCUCUAAGUCAAUGUCUAC